CUCUCUCGCUCUCUCUCAAAAAUAAAUAAAUGUUAAAAAAAAAAAUUUAAGCAUGAAAUUCAGGUCGCAAAACAGAUUUGACUUCUGCAGAAGGCAAUCGCGUCUUCAUUAUCCCAGGCAGUAGUAAGCUUUAGAGGGCUUUUUAUUGAUUCGACCCGACUUUUUUCUUUACUCCAACAGUUUCAAAUUUCAUUUGGACAGAAGUGUCUCAACUGUUUAUCUUUUUAAAAAUCCGGCUGAAGUAGUAGUAAAUGCUUUUCAAGAGUAGUGAUGGUCCAGAUCGCCCAGCAGCUAGGCGACAUCAGCCCCGAGACUUCCAGAAGCAAGGAGAAUUGGAACCAAUAUGGGGCCUGGGAGGACAGGGGUGGGGGAGAGGCGGCCAGCGGAGGCCGCUCACUGUUACUUGUGUUACGUUUCAGAGGACUCCUCUCUGUCGCUCUUACCACCUUUCAAGCAGAGCUAGAACAUUCUAUUCCAGUUUUUUCCAAAAUUAUCUUGUGCUCUGCUUUGGGAGCUGACUUAAUACGGAGCCGGGAAUGGAGACACCAAAAACAGAAGCGCACAAAGCCAGGCAUUUGUGCCCGACAGAGCGAGCUGCCCCCUGGUCUCACGCCCCACGGUCCCGCCCCGCUGCGCGCCAGCCCAGAGCGCCUGCUGAGAAAGACGAGGGCCCACCUCAAACCUUUAUGAAAUAGGAAACCAUUUAAAAUAUUUUCAAGGUUUCAUGGCACCUUCUUAAUUAAAAAAUUAAAAUGUCCCCCCAGCCUUUUGAUUAGAAUGCCUUCUGAAAAUGGAAUCUGUUUCAGUGUAUCGUCUUAGAAUUAAUUAGGGUUCGUUAAAAAAAAAAAAAAAAAAAACCUAACAUAUCUCCAAGACUUCUCUCUUUGGAUUUAAUUAGAAAAAUGAGUUUAACACUUUUGUAAAAGGCUGUUUUGCUCCGUUCUGUCAGAGCACACUGAGGUUUGCACUGGGGUUGAAACUUUCGCGGGGACAGACACAGAAUGUGCUUUUGUUCUCGUAGGAUUGGAUGGCGGGGCCAGAGAUGAGGUGGGAGGUGACGGGUUGGAUAAACAUUUCCAAUUUUGCCUUUUGUUGCUUCAUUUUCAUUUCCUCAGAGACCCCUGGGUCCUGCCGAAGGGAUGUCAGACUAGAUUCUUGGUCCCGGGCCCCUAGAGGCGCAGCUCCCAGGCCACUUGAAGCAACGAGAGGUCCUCCCAGCAGGGGACAGCGUGCCAGCCCAGUGCCGAGUGCAUUGGUGGCCCCAGCCGGAGGACUCUGCGUUUGAAACUCCCACAGCAAGAUUCCUGGCCGUACUUGUUUAUCUUACGCUAAAUUUCUUGGUAAUCUUGCAUACUUCCAGCAUGACUUAGCAAGAAAUACACUUUUGUUUUUCAACGUGAUGCUGAGACUUUUUCUUACUUAAGCUUGCAUGUUUGUACGUUGACAUGGCAGAAAAAGGAGCCGUAUUAGAACUAGUCUCUAGCAAUCGUUGGACCUGGAAAGAUCAGACGUUUUGGUGGAUCUGGAAAGAGGUGCAUAGUCAUCAUAAAGAAAGCAAUGAAAAGAGCAAAUCGCGUGUGGGGCGAAACACGAAGGAUGGGUUCUGUGAGGCUGUUGAGGGGGACCCACAGGGUGGGGGGCAAGCGUGGGGUUGGCUCAGUCCAUCGUAACAAUACCACGGACUGGCCGGCUUCUAAACCACAGAAAUCCAGUGUUCCCAGUUCUGAGUUCGGGUGCUGGCAUGACCGGUGAGGGCCCUCUUAGGGGCAGCAGACUUCUCGCUGUGUCCUCACAGCCUGGAAGGGCUGAGGGAGCUCCCUGGGGCCUCUUUCAUAAGGGCGUUCAACCCCCUCCCCAAGACCCCACCGCCCAACACCUUGAGCAUUAGGUGUUGCCACGUAUGAAUUUGGGGGGGACGCAAACUUUCAGACUCCUGCAUGGGCGGAUGGAGCCCUGAAGCCUUGGGGCCCAGGGAGGCCAUGUGGGGGCUCAUCCCUAGCUCCAGCUCACCCUUCUCAGCCCGGGCUCUGCCAAAGACUCUGGCGUGAGAUCUGCAGACCUGAGUCAUCUUGUGCGAUGCCCAGCUCCCACCCCACGCUUCAAGCCUUCCACCUUGCUGAGGUUGGAGGCCUCCCAGCAGCCUUGCAGGGGCCAGCGCUCUGGCUGUCGGGGGCUUGAGUAGACUUGGAAGGGCCCUGGAAUCGUCACACAGGGACCCCACAGCUGAGGGAUGGCACUGGGGACUGGGAGCUCCUGAAGAGACUUGCGGAUUUGGGAUAACCCAUUUAUGACUUGGUGGUACCCCACCUCUCCCUGCGUCUGGGUGGAGGCCCUGUCCUGGGCUGGUGGACCAAUGGCCACGUGCAAGUUCUGGCCAGCCCCUCCUCUCUUCCGCGGGAUGUCUCCAUCCCGUCUCACCUGUGUAACGGCACUCCGCCAGCAGUUCUCUCCACUCCCGCCCGCUGGGUCCUGCCCGUCCCUUCUUCCAUUUCAGAAGCCCUCUCCCAAGCGGACUUCCCAUUUCCAUGGCUACCCUCUUCCUCUCCUUUCCUUUCCAGCAGAGAUGCCUCAAGGGCUGCCUGUGCCUGGGGUCUCCAGUUCCACGACUCUUGGUUUCUCUUGAAUCCCCCAAUCUCUGUGGACUUUGCCCACAGGGUUCCCCUGGAACUGCUCUGUCACGUCACCAUAAUCCAGCGAUCAGUUCUCAGCCCCCAAUUCAACUAAUGCUCAGGACGCUACUCGGUUUGCUGGAUUUCCUCCUCUUUAGGAUCGCUAAAUGGUGGAGAGCCAAAGAGCCCAACCCUGGGCCUCUUCUCCGCCCUCUUUUGAUGAGCUCAGCCAGGCUCCUGGCCUUAAGUAGGCAUCUAUACACUGCUGGCUCCAGUCCUUGUCAGCGAUACACUGCUGGCUCCAGUCCACAUCCUUAGACGCUACGCACAUCUGUACAUCUGUAUACUAAAACUCUGGCCCAGGGCAUCUGGACACUGGUGACUCCAGCCUACCACUUGCCCCUCCGGCCCUCACUUAUAUAUCUGUUGACCUUCUCAGCAUUCCAGCUUGGGUGUCUAAGAGCCUCUCACCCACCUCACACCUUUAAAACUCAACUUCUGAGUGCUCCCCAGUCCUCGUGCUUCUCCCUCGGUUUUCCUGAUCUCAUCCUUUUCCCUGCCAAAAAUCUUUGACACAGUCUUAACUCCCUUCUCUCACACCCCACAUCCAGCCCAUCAGUAGAUCCUAUCGACUCCACCUCCCUUUAUCCAGAGUCUGACUGCUUUGCACCCCUCCACUGCCAUCACCCAGGCUCAGCCACGUCACCGUCUCUCACCUGGACCAUCACACCACCCUCUUAGCUGCUCUGUCUCCUUGCAUCCUUUUCCUUGUUUGCCUGUUCUCAACCCAGUAGCCAGAGGCACCUGGUUAAAGCCAAGUCAGAUCAGAUCAUUCCCUGGGCUAAAACCCUCUGAUCACUUCUAUUUCAUCCUGAGCAGAAGCCGAAGCCUGUAUGAUUGUCUCUGUGGGCCUUUCCCCCUCUUCUUGUCUCCUGGUUUGCCCAGCUCAAGUCACCAGCCAGGCAUGGCCUCAUCUCAAGGCCUUUGCACGGGCUAUUCCCUCCACAGGAAUGCUCUUGCCCUAGAUGGCUCAGCCCCUCACUUUCCUUGUUUCCUUAAUGAGUCUUCUGGGGGAGGCAUUCGGCAAUCCUUUAAAAAUUGCAACCCCAUCUCACCCCACUGCUCCCUGCCUCCACUCCAUUCCCACCCCCCACCUCUGGCAUCUAUCGCCAUCUGACAUAUUGUAGAUUUUCUUAUUUUGUCUACUGUCUCUAUCCUUCCCCACCCACCCCCACUACCUGGGGACAGAAUAUAAGUUCCAGAAGGGAAGGGAACUUUGUCUGUUUUGAUUAGUGGGAAAUGCCUGGCCCAUGCCAGGCACUCAAUAAAUAGUUUGUAUUGAGAUCAAUGAAUAAUGUACAGAGGACCCCCAUGUCAAUCCUCUUUCCAGAGAUGGGGUUCGGGACCCUCACAGCUGUGUGUCAGAGCCUCCCUUCAGAUGCAGAGCGCAGGCAGAAUUGGCAGUGUCCCCUAGGCCUUGGGAGCAGUGACUCCCACACUUUCAGCUGCUGGUGGUCUCACUUCCAGGCUAGAGAUCAGCGUUACUGCUUUGCCAUGCGUUAACGGCCCAAAUAUCUGGCUUCAAACUUCCCAUCUCCCUAGAACCCAGGUUCAGAUUUUAACAGUGUGGAGUCUGCCUCCCCUUACUCUCAAGGAAACACUUUCAUUCUGACUUGUUUAUUCAAAGAGCGCCUCCUGUAUGCUCUCUUAGGAAAAGAAGGUUGCUUUGCGUCAGUCAUGUCUAUCUCAAAGGCCAGGUUUCGCUUGGAGGCCAAACCUCAGCUGGGAGCUGAAAGUGUAUACCUUAAUCACGCACAAAUCUAUCAGUGCCGGGUGCCUUUAUAACCUAAAAUGUGGACCCACUGUGGCUACGGCCACAUACUUCCUGUUCUGUCAGCAUGUUUUAAGACUCUUGGCCAUGCUCCCCCCCUUAGAAUAAGACCAUCCCCUUAGAACUGUGCCCUCCCCUUGUAAGAUGGGGUGCCAUCCCCUUCCCUUCCAAGUUCCAAAGCCCAAAUUCCUCUGGACAGAGCCAAGGCUGGAUUGGCUUUGAGGUUAGCUUGGGUUUUUUUUCUCGGUGGGUCAAGAUUGGCCAAAGCUAGACACCUCCCUAUCACUGCUCUCCGAGACUGUGUGUCCCUGUGCUUCCCAGGCCUGGCUUCCUCUUCCUCUUCGUCUUCCUCUUCCUGUUGCUGAGUGGGGCAGGAAGAGCAGGCACAGGGACACCAGAUGCUGUCGGUUCCUUCCCGCAGAGUCCCAGGAGGCACUUCUAAUGCUGAGUCAACAAUUUGGUUUGCACUUAUUUGUCUGUACAUGACAUUUUCAAAAGUCUUUUAAAUUAGGUAUCUACUCCUCUGUUCUUACAUCUUUUUCAAAUAGCUCAAUCCCCAGUUAGUUUUAGUUUGUAUAAUCCCUGCCCAGAAAACCCAUGUGCAGCUAUGAAUAUCCCACAUUGUUUGCUUGAUGAUAAAUAAAUUCUUUCCUCUUGGAGAAAAAGGCACUUUCUCCUCCCAGCACUGGGAAGGCUUGUAGACGUCUCUGCUCUGAUGCUGACCGCGGGGAGAUUGGUCCUUCUUGGGUUUUGUUAUUUCAGAACAAAUAUGGUAAACUGUUUCCCCCUUGGUUACCAUAGAGAAGAGAUUAUUUGCCUUUCUCUUAGGGCUUCUGAAAAUAAUAGAUUACAUAUUUGGGAGGGUUUUUUUUUUAGAUCUGGUUAAUGUGAGAUAGAGGGGAUUGCUCCAGGGAUGACAUUGUUUGGUUUGGGAAGUAUUCUUGCGGUUGCCCAGCAACAGGCUCUUAGAGACGGGAGUGGACUGCGUUGUCCCUGGCAACCGUUGUUACUCAGCAAACAAUGAGGGCCAGCAAACAGCGCCAGGACUGCGGACUCCAGGUUUUAAUUGAACAUCUGCAUAUAUUUUUCUCUGAUGAAAUUAUGUUUGAGUUUGAUUUGCCACAACAGGUAGACCUGGGUCCCCCUGGGGUCUCCGUGGAAGAAAACGUGCUCUCAUUGUGACAGCUCAUCCGAGGGGAAGAACCUUUAGCCAUUUGAACAUAUCCUAGACUGCUCUCCACUGGAGACUUGUUUCAGUCCCGAGUGGAAUUUCUUUUUUGAUCUAAUUCCCCGUGUUUGUAAAAUUAUUGCCUGGCCAACCUACUUUUCAAGUGCUUUCCAGCCUGAUGUUUUCCUUGCGGCUGCUGGAGAAUAUCAGAAAAGCCGGGACCUGAACCCAGUGGGUCACAUGUGACAACAUUCACAUAUAAGAUCGGCUGGUGACGGACACUGGACCCAGAGCCUUCUGGUUCUUUACUCUCCCUCGCUCUUCCCGUUGAGAAGUUGGAUACUCGGGUGACCCUCAGGCGAACGCGUAUAUUGCGCAUAUUGGGGAAGCAGAUGUGUUCCCUCUAACUGGAGCGGAAAACCCUCACCCCGUGGAGGGGCACUUUGCAGCCACCCCGUGGAUUUUGAUCAAAACAGUGUCACUCCCUACCUCCUCCUCAGUGAGCCAGAGAUAGCGACUGUUUACCAGGGCUGGUUGCUUGGGUAAACAUGCCCCUGCGCUUCAUUCGCUUCAUUCAAAGCCGGUGACACAUUUCUUUCCCCCACUCUCGGCCCCGCCCUCCCCGCCCCGCCCCGCCCCGCCCACCAGCCAGGGCUAUAAAUUGGGAACUGUCAGUCAGCGCAGGCUCUUGGUGGGGGCUCGGUCCUGCCUUGUUCAUCUCGAGCGCAGCCUGUCUAAGGCAGCAGCAACCGCAGAAGUGCAGCCUGUAUCAGAGCACAGCGCCCGCGGUCAGUCAGACAGCUCCGUGAGCUGAGCAUGCAGAAUUCAGAGGGUGGAUCCGAUUCGCCGGCUUCUGUGGCUCUGUGUCCGUCGGCAGCAGCCCAGGCCCCCGUGGCUCAGCCUGUGCCAGCCUCCCCGCAGAGGGUGUUGGUCCAGACAGCGGGCUCGGCUCCCAAAGGGGCCCAGAUGCAGCCAAUCUCCCUCCCCAGGGUCCAGCAGGUGCCACAGCAGGUCCAGCCCGUGCAGCACGUGUACCCCCCGCAGGUGCAGUACGUGGAAGGCGGAGACACGGUCUACACCAAUGGAGCCUUACGGACGGCCUACGCCUACAACCCUGAGCCUCAGAUGUACGCCCCGAGCAGCACAGCGUCUUACUUCGAGGCCCCGGGCGGCGCCCAGGUGACCGUGGCAGGCUCCUCCCCGCCGGCGGUCCCCUCCCACAGCAUGGUGGGCAUCACCAUGGAUGUCGGGGGGAGCCCUAUUGUCUCCAGCGCGGGAGCCUAUCUCAUCCACGGGGGGAUGGAUGGCACGAGACACUCCCUGGCCCACACUUCCCGGUCAUCGCCGGCUACGCUUGAAAUGGCGAUUGAAAACCUCCAAAAAAGCGAAGGGAUCACCUCACACAAAAGCGGUUUACUCAACAGCCAUCUCCAGUGGCUGUUAGAUAAUUACGAAACCGCGGAAGGCGUGAGUCUCCCCAGAAGCUCCCUCUACAACCAUUACCUCCGGCACUGCCAGGAGCACAAGCUGGACCCUGUGAAUGCUGCCUCUUUCGGGAAGCUGAUCCGCUCGGUUUUCAUGGGGCUGCGGACACGGCGGCUGGGCACCAGGGGCAACUCCAAGUAUCAUUACUAUGGGAUCCGUCUAAAGCCGGACUCGCCCCUGAACCGGCUGCAGGAGGACACCCAGUACAUGGCCAUGCGGCAGCAGCCCCUGCACCAAAAGCCCAGGUACCGGCCGGCCCAGAAGACAGACAGCCUUGGGGACAGUGGCUCGCACAGCAGCUUGCACAGCACACCGGAGCAGGCCAUGGCCGCCCAGAGCCAGCACCACCAGCAGUUCAUCAAUGUCUCCCACGUCUUCCCGGAGUUCCCUGCGCCUGACCUGGGCAGCGUCCUGCCGCAGGACAGCAUCACGCUGCACGACAUCAAGGCCCUGCAGCUGGUCUACCGGCGGCACUGCGAGGCAACCUUGGAUGUCGUGGUGCACCUGCAGUUUCACUACAUGGAGAAGCUGUGGCUUUCCUUCUGGAACUCCAAAGCGCCCUCGGGUGACGGCCCCGCCCCUCUCCCUGCCAGCGACGGAGAGCCCGAAGGUGCCGUCCUCCCGAAGGACAAGCUGGUGUCUCUGUGCAAGUGUGAGCCCAUCCUCAAGUGGAUGAGGAACUGCGACCACAUCCUGUAUCAGGCCCUGGUGGAGAUCCUCAUCCCCGACGUGCUGCGGCCGGUGCCCAGCACCUUGACGCAGGCCAUCCGUAAUUUUGCCAAGAGCUUGGAAGGCUGGUUGACGAAUGCCAUGAGAGACUUCCCACAGCAGGCCAUCCAGACCAAGGUGGGCGUGGUCAGUGCCUUCGCACAGACUCUUCGCAGAUACACGUCUCUCAACCACCUCGCUCAGGCAGCCCGGGCCGUGCUCCAGAACACUUCCCAGAUCAACCAGAUGCUCAGUGACCUCAACCGCGUGGACUUUGCCAACGUGCAGGAGCAGGCCUCGUGGGUGUGCCAGUGCGAGGAGAGCGUGGUGCAGCGGCUGGAGCAGGACUUCAAGCUGACCCUGCAGCAGCAGAGCUCCCUGGACCAGUGGGCCACCUGGCUGGACAACGUGGUCACCCAGGUCCUGAAGCAGCACGCCGGCAGCCCCAGCUUCCCCAAGGCCGCCCGGCAGUUCCUUCUGAAGUGGUCCUUUUACAGCUCCAUGGUGAUCCGCGACCUGACGCUGCGCAGCGCGGCCAGCUUUGGCUCCUUCCACCUGAUCCGCCUGCUCUAUGACGAGUACAUGUUCUACCUGGUGGAGCACCGCGUGGCAGAGGCGACUGGAGAGACACCGAUCGCCGUGAUGGGAGAGUUCAAUGAUCUCGCCUCCCUGUCGCUGACACUGCUCGAUAAAGAUGACCUCGGCGAGGACCGCAGCGGCGAGGCUGACCCGGACGCCCACAGCCUGGGUGAGCCGCUGGUGAAGCGGGAACGUGGUGACCCAAACCACUCCCUGCAGGGCAUCUAGCUGGACGGUGCCUUCCCUGGGCUCCGGACCGGGCCCCUCGAGCUCCGCCGCAGCAGUCCCUCUUAGGUGACGUGACCUGACUCGCGAGGCACUGGCGCACCCUCACAGGACACGCUAUUCCUCAAGAAAACCAUUGGUAAACACGGCAGAAGGUCACAUCGGGCUCCCGAGCGCCCAAGCUGCUCUCCUGGUGCCUCCUGGGUCAUCUUCUUCCGAACGUUCUCGCUCUCUCCUCUGCUGGGCUGUGAACUUCGGUCUGAGAUUACGCACCCCCACCUAAGGGCCAGACGGGUCGGCGCCCCCACACUGGGCUCCUUCGCUGUUCCGCUGGUCCCAGUUUCCACCCUUGUGUCUUAAAACUCAGAUCCCAGGAGGGACGGGAUGUUCUGCAGCUGUUGGGCAGCGCUGGGCUGACCGGUGCCCACGGGGCCCCCUGGCCUGGUGCCCUGUGGUGGGAAGGGACCAUCUCAGCACCGUGCCCGAGGCCUCCCGCCCUGCCCGCUGUGCCGAGGUGCAGAGGCCGGCCCGCCGGAGCCCCACGCGCAGACGCCAAAGGUCUCCGGAAGCCGCUGCCGAUUGCCGAGUCCCUGGACCACGCACAGCCCACAGCCCACGUGCCUCAAAGAACAUGUCACGGAAGUGGCCUGCUCAUGCCAAGAUACAGUGGUGUCUUUAAGAAUCAAAACCAUAAGUUUCAUCAGCAACUAGAAGGAUUUGGGUUCUGUCCGAGUUCGUGGCCAACAUCAGGCCAAACUGCUGGGUCUGGAAUGAGUUUUUCCGAGGGGGCUGGGUGGUCGGUGUUUCAGUGGCACUUUGAGAGGGCAGCCAUCGGGCCACGUCUGCCUGGCUCCCACUCCACAGAAUCUUCUGGAACGCCUGCCUUUGAACCAGCAAUCCUGGAGCACUUUGACCCCCGGCAAGUCCCAUCUUGAACUGCUCAAAGUUGAAACUCUUCUUUGAGUUAAAUGAAUCCCGAGGACUGGCACAGCCUCGAACUUCGAACACUCCGGGUCUGCAUCCGUCAUAACACGUUGCACUUGGUUAGUUCCGUGCGAGAGUUCUGCCCCCAAACCAGCUGCAAAGAAGAAAGACAAACCUCCGGUCUAAGAAGCGACAUCUUAUGAAAUGCAAUAGUUUCUCCUUUUGGAAAUAUGUUUAUAUCAAUAGUUUUGUGCUCAACGCGUUAUUAGAACGUUUCUUAUGAACAUGUAUAUUGCAGUAUAUUCAGUCCCCGAUGUUUUUUCUCAUUCACACAGAAGGUACCGAUGUAAACUCACGUGGCCUUUAAAAACCUUCCUUCCUCAGCCCACUCCAGGUGUGCGGAGAGGCGUGGAGGGAAGGACGAGAAAGACAGGCGCUUACUUUAGAAGCCAGAAGUCCAUGAUAAUCACAAUGUCUGCCUGCUUUUACAGAUGGAACCAGACAGAAAGAAUGUCUUUAAAAUAUAUAUCUCCUCUCCUGGGAGACAUUUAAGCUCACA